AUGUUAAAUGGCACGCAAGAUCUGUCGCUGCCAAUGCUGGAGCAGGACGUGAAAGAUUGGAGCGAGCCUGUCGAGUGCGGUAUCAAGUUCUAUGAGAGAGGUGGAACCACGACUAUCUACGCCUCUUCAGUCACCAUAAGCUCCGUUGCAACUCAGCCCGCAUCGAUCUUUGCUUUGUCGUCGACCGUCACGUAUGAGCGGACCACGACAAGCGCGCCGGCCUCGGGCACCGCAUCAACCCCCGCCAACACAGGCAAUACAGCACCGCCAACCGUGACGCCCACCAACCCAGUCGUCACCACAACCUCGAGCGACAGUGCUGGCCUGUCCACAGGAGCGAAGGCUGGCAUCGGCGCCGGUAUUGGUGUUUCCGCGUUGCUUGUCGCGGCGGCUGCAUACCUGUUCUACCGCAACCAUCGCAAGCUAAAAGACCUCAACGCACGACUUAGCUACCAAUCUCAGGCCGAACAAUUCAACAAGCCUCCGGGUGUUGCGGUCGCGCCUCAUGGAAGCAAUGGAUACGAGAGGCCGUACAGCGAGGCUACAAUGUCGCAGGUUCAUUCUUCGCCGCAGGUACCGGUGCAGCUUUCCUAG